GAAAAUUCGCACGUACAGCGCCGGCACUUGUCGUAUUUUCAACACUGUUAUCGGCAUUGAAUGUUUCCCAAGGGUUCUUUUUCUUCAAUCGCUGGGUCUUUGAGAGUUCAUCACGUCAUGAAGGCGCCCUGUAUGGCUUUGGACGCACACAGAAUAGAACCUCGGAAGCGAAACCAGGUACAGCACCGGCUACCGCGCAGUCAGUCAUUCUAUGCGAGGGAUGCGCUCAAGCGAUAUCAUGCAUUCGGCCGUGAACGGGCCUCGAAAAGCGGAUCUAUGUGCUGUCAAAUCUUUUUUCGGGGGCUCACCUUCCAUUGCACCCACUGAUCUGGCGACAUUUCCUCUUUCCCAACCAGUUCAUCCGCCUCGCUUACGGUAGCCCAUGCUCGAGGGGACCCACAAUGCAGCAUAGGCGCCGGCUCUUACCCAUGUACCGAAGACAGUUUCCUAAUGGAAAUUCCAAAUGAUAAAAGACCAAGGCUGCUUGCAGUUUACCUGCCUAGGUAGGUACCUACUUAAGUAGGUAUGUAGCUGACCCGAACCUUUCAUCUCCUUCGGUCACUCCUCAGCUUAAAUUUUGGUCCGCUUGAGGUUUUUGUUUCAAUCUAGGGGUUUUACCUGCAGUCGCGUUGUUCACUAUGCGCUCUGCGCUUUCCACACUCGCUUCUCUGGGCGCUUGGUCGCUAUUGACGACCCCCCAAUCAGCUCAAGCUGAGUCGACGACAUGCGAUGGGCUAAGUACGUCGUCUAACAUUGACAUCUUUCGUUCGCCAGCCGUGGAAUACACCCGUGUUUCCAAUGACUACUGGUCGACGGGAUGUGCUGCACUCAAGCCAGCAUGCAUCUUAGAGCCAACGUCCGCGGGCCAACUUUCUCACAUUAUGCAGACACUGGUCGCCAACAACGAGUCUUUCGCAGUGAAGUCCGGGGGGCACAACCCAAACAAAUACUUCGCUAGCAUUUCGGGGGGCCCUUUGAUCUCCACAUCACAAUUGAACGAAGUGGUAUAUGAUGCCGCCAGCAGUACCGUCAGAGUCGGCCCAGGCAAUAAGUGGGAUGACGUCCACAAAGUGCUUGACCCACUCGGUGUGACAGUUGUUGGAGGAAGGAUCGGAAACGUUGGAGUUGGAGGAUAUGUACUUGGGGCUGGCCUCAGUUUUCUGUCCACUCAAUACGGCUGGGCUGCCAACAACCUAGUUGCUGCUGAGAUGGUUCUCCCCAACGGCACAAUCAUUACUGCAUCAAACUCAUCGAAUCCCGCAAUUUUUCAGGGUCUCAAGGGAGGAGGUAGCAAUUUCGGGAUAGUGACGACCUACGUCCUGAAGACUUACCCAAUUGGACAAAUCUGGGGAGGCAACCUCGUGUUUCUCGGCGCGCAGAAGACGGAUGGGAUCCUCUCGGCGGUGCGGAACUUCACGGAAAACUACGACGACCCCAAGGCAGCCAUCAUUGCGACGAGUGAGCUCACACUCGGGAAAUCCACAGACCUCUGGAUCCUGUUCCUCUUCUACGAUGGUCUCGAGCCCCCGGCAGGCAUUUUUGACGAGUUCCUUGCGCUCAAGCCAGACAUCAAUUCCUGCAAGACCAGAUCUUACAGCGACCUGCUCACGUCAAACAACGCCUUCGUCCUCAAGGGAAGUGUCUACACGAUUGGCACAGAGACAACUCCUUUGCCUCCAGCAGAUCGACCAGAUAUCAUGCGUUCGUAUUACGACCAUUGGCACAAUACUUCAGCCACACGAUCCGGUGUUUUCGGACUGAUUUCCUCAUUGGCACUGCAGCCUCUGCCAAAGUCGCUUGCCACAAUAGCCAGACAAAACGGCGGAGAUUUGCUGGAUUUUGACGAUGACGUUGAUAGGCUCAUCUUUGAGUUAGAUUACUCAUAUGUAUUUGAAGAUCUCGACUCUGACAAAGUCGAUGGUGCCAUGGUGGAAGCUUAUUCAGGCCUGGGGAGCCUUGUUAGCGAUUACGUUGCGGACGGGUCGCUUCCAGAUGUGUAUUUGCCUCUUUUCAUGAAUGAUUGCUACUUCCGGCAGGAUUAUUGGGGAAGACUGAAGACAGAACGCAGGGAGCUCGCAAAGAAUGCUCAAGCUCAAGCCGACCCCGCUGGUGUCAUGAAGACGCUGAGCCAAGGUUUCCAUCUGUAGAAUCAAAGGUACCUAACAUAGGUUCAAAUUUUGGCCUUCACAGUGUAUGGGCUAGCAUUGAGAUCAAAGAGCAGACUGGGGCUCAGCAUAUUGUCAAGUCUUUCAAACUGUCGCUUGGUAUCAGUUUGGCGGCGAAUCUUGCAAUGUCAACCUAUUAUCUUAGUCUUUGAAUUUGUGGAGACAAAGGACUGCUCCCUCAUUUGGUCUUAUUCCAUUUGAAUCUUUUACCUUUUAUAUCAUUUGCCUGGCGACUCAC